GAAGCGGACUGCCUGCGCCCCGGCGCAGGUCCCUCGCGGUCCCGUAUGGCGGCCUGGGAUGAGUAGGCUCUGGCCGUGGGGCGGGGAGCGGAGUAGGACCCUUGCUGAGCACAUGCCGUGUGUCGGGCCCUCCCCCAGGCUCUGGGGUUACAGCAUGAAUAACCAGACUGCAGGUCUUAUCUCAUGGGGGAAGGCGGAGAAGAAGCAAGGACCCUGGAAUGGCGGGGCCACUUGCGACGCCCACACUCCAGAUAGCCCCAGACAGCAGGGUUUGUGGUUGCAGGAGGCCAUUGUGUUUGAGGACGUGGCCGUGUACUUCACAAGGAUAGAGUGGAGUUGCCUGGCCCCCCACCAGCGGGCGCUGUACAGGGAUGUGAUGCUGGAGAACUACGGGCACAUGGCCUCGCUGGGCUUUCUUGUUGCUAAACCAGCACUGAUCUCCCUCUUGGAGCAAGGGGAAGAGCCAGGGGCUUUGAUUCUGCAGGGGACUGAGGAGCAAGGGUCCACAGCCAGCCUGUGUCCAGAUUCUAGGAUGCAGGCUGGGGUCAAGGAAUCUUGUCUGAGGAGAGUGUCCUCUAAGCAGUUAGGACCACUGGGCACGGUUUGGGGGCGCCUCCCUGGGGGAAGGCCCAAGUUUCCUGAACGGAAUGGCAGUCCUGAGGAUGGGUCAGAUAAACGACUCCUCAACCCCAAGAGGGGCGGGCCUGGUGGGGACCUCAGCACAUCCCCCGCGGCCCGGGAGGAGAAGCGGCAAGGCUUGGGCCCCGCAGAUGCUGGAGGGGAGAGGGCGGACCGGUGUGCCUGCGGCAAGGGCUUCAAGUACGACUGGCUGCUGCUCAGGCACCAGGUCAUCCACACGGGGGCCAAGCCCUACCAGCGCACCGAGUGCAGCAAGGCCUUCAAGCAGAGCUCCAUCCUCCUGAGGCACCAGCUGAUCCACACGGGGGAGAAGCCCCACCAGUACGGCGAGUGCGGGAAGGCCUUCGGCCGCAGGUUCACCCUCAGUGAGCACUGCCGCAUCCACAGCGGGGAGAGGCCUUACACGUGCCUGCAGUGCGGGCAGCGCUUCAUCCGUGGGUCCUCGCUGCUCAAGCACCACAGACUGCAUGCCCCGGAGAGCCCCCAAGAAGACAGCGGCUGUCAGAAGCCCCUGCUCAGCGCGGCACAAAAGACCACCUCCGGGGACAGGAUCUACCAGUGCUCCGUGUGCCAGAAGCCCUUCCAACACAACUCCUUGCUCCUCCUGCACCAGAGGCUGCAUACGGGUGAGAAGCCGUUCGAGUGCAGGGAAUGUGGCAAAGCCUUCACGAAGUCCAACCUCACGCUGCACCAGAAGACCCACACCAAGGAGAAGCCCUUUGCCUGCACGGAGUGUGGCAAGGCUUUCCGCAGGAGCUACACACUGAACGAGCACUACCGGCUCCACAGCGGGGACAGGCCGUACCGCUGCCAGGCCUGCGGGAGGGCCUGCAGCCGGCUGUCCGCCCUCAUCCAGCACCAGAAAGUCCGCGGCCCAGAGUGUGCCUGGGAGGGCGGGAAGGACAGACGGCUUCCCCACUGGGCUCCCCACUGAGUUGAUAAACAUCAGAGAACCUGG